AGACUAUUAGCAGAGAUCACAGCUGCAUUACCAGCAAGUAAAAGAGCCUCUGGAUUAUUUCACGCACGGACUCCUAUAAGGAAAACUUAAAUCCGAGUGAAUUGUACUUCUUUACAGGUUUCAGGCAAAAUGCAAUUGAUUCUGCAGACCGUCUUCUGCUGUUGCCUGCUGGCCACCGUUGCUUUGUGUGUACACGGUGCAAAAUAUGACCUGAGACAAGUUUUGAAAAGAAGCGUCUGGCCGCAGAGAUCAAAAAGGGAUUUGAUUCCGGCUGCACUGAGGACGUUAGAAAACAGCCAAUUUGUCAGACCAGACGACAUCAAGGACAGCUUGAUGCCACAUUCCAGGACUGACAUCAGCGUAAGAACGAAACGCUCCAACAACCAGUUCAGAAGAGUAGGCUGCUCGCUUGCCACCUGCACGGUGCAUGUGCUGGCUCACCGUCUUCAUGAUGCCAGCAUGAACAAAAUUGGACAUGCGCCCCUGGACAAGAUCAGUCCCUUGGGUUACGGCCGCAGGCGAAGAUCGGUUCCAGAAAAAGUGAUAAGCCUGAGGCAGGAGGGCAGGAGGCUGCGACCUGUGUGGAGCAGCCCGGACUCUCGAUCCCAGCUGCGCAAACUGGAAGCGCUACUCAAACGGACUUGAACGUGAGGAGGUGGGAGCGCACGAGGGACGCGAUGAAUCGUGUCGGCCAACUCCGAAAUUCUCCACAUGCCUCAGGCUUCUGCCAAGAGUUCUCCAGCACAUUCUCUCCCAAGCACAGGGAUUGGGAGAGCAGUCUUAUCUCUUGAAGCCUGUCCUCGAAGGAGAGAAAAUGAAGGAGGCAUACGCAGAAAGAGGUGCGGGGAUGGAGCGCAAUAGCUGAAUCGGUGUGCCUUGAGGAUACUACAAUGGGCACAGUCGACUGUCCUCAGGGAAAAAGCAGUACCUCCUCUCCCAGGACUACCAGUUAGUGGGAUUAUAUAUGUGACUGUACGAAGAGACUUUGGACUUUAAGUCGAUUCAACAGGGAAACGUAUAGAUUCAUGGUUCUAGAAAGGAAUACACAGAAGCGUUCUCCUUAUUGCAAUUACAUUAGUGGACACUGUAAACCUUAGCUUAUAUGAAAUGUCUGUGCCAGUCCAUAUGGAUUGUAUUCUAACUUACUUGAACAUUGUUAUUGUUAUUAUUAUUAUUAUUAUAGAGAUAUGUGCAAUCAAAUGUUUUUUAUUCCAAGUAUGUGUAUAUUUGAAGAAAGUGGUCAAAUAUCAUUAUUUAAUUGUUUUAUAUUACUUUAUACUACUUCCAGAGAACUAUUUUUGUACAGGAAAAUAUAAGGGCAUUGAAGCAUUAUAUAUAAUGUAUAUUAUUCAUUUGUGUCAAGAAUGUCUCAAGCUGUGGUAAAUAAUAGGAUAACUUUGAAUGCUAUUAUAUAUUUGUAAAUGGGAUUUAUUUUAUUUGUGUGUGAGUGUGUGAAAAAGAGUUACACUACAUUGUCAUUAAAUAAACCUUUGCAUACAAGUCAA